CGAAGAAGAAGAAGAAGAGAAGGAGCAGUGGUGGAGGCCGCAGCAAGGACCCAGCGGGAGCCGGCGCCCCCCUGCGGGCAGCAGCGUCAUUGCACACCUUGACCUCGACUGCUUCUAUGCGCAGGUGGAGAUGCUCCGGGCCCCGGAGCUCAGGGACAAGGCCUUGGGGGUGCAGCAGAAGUCCCUCGUGGUCACCUGUAACUACGAAGCCCGGCGCCAUGGGGUGAAGAAGUUGAUGUCCCUCAAAGAGGCCACGGAGAAGUGUCCUCACUUGGUGCUGGUCAAUGGAGAAGACCUCACUCCCUAUAGGGAGAUGUCCUACAAGGUCACAGAGCUCCUGCGGGAAUAUUGUCCAUUGGUGGAAAGACUUGGCUUGGAUGAGAACUUCCUGGAUAUCACAGAUGUGGUGGAGCAACGCAUAGGCUGCUUCCAUCCAAGUGGAUGGGCUGGGAUCCGUGUCUCAGGCCAUGUCUACAAGGACCAAGCCAUCAAUGUGCAGGAUCCAACCCAUCGUAAGCUUGCCAUUGGAUCCCAAGUGAUGGAAGAGCUCCGGGAAUGCCUUUACUCCACGUUGGGCCUCACCAGCAGCGCUGGGGUGGCCACCACCAAGUUCUUGGCCAAGCUGGUCUCUGGGACCUUCAAACCCAACCAACAAACCCUGCUCCUGCCCCACAGCACCCAGGAGCUGCUGAGGAACCUGGGGUCCAUCCGGAAGGUGCCAGGCAUUGGCUCCAGGACUGCGGAACGCCUGGAAGCAUUGGGUGUGAAGACAGUGGUGGAUCUCCAAAGGUUUCCAUCUGCUGGCUUGAAGAAGGAGCUGGGAAUUGCGCUUGCUCAACGGAUCCGGAAGCUUGGCUAUGGGCAGGAUGAGGCCCCUGUGACACCAUCAGGACCUCCUCAGUCCUUUAGCGAUGAAGAUUCCUUCCAGAAAUGUUCCUCAGAGGCAGAAGUCCAGGAGAAACUGGGAACGAUGCUUCCAAGCCUCUUGGAAAGAAUCCGCCGGGAUGGGAGGCAACCACGCACCAUAAGGUUGAGCAUCCGCCGCUUCUCCUCAUCAGGAAAGGGGUUCCAUCGGGAAUGCCGUCAGUGCCCUAUCCCACCGCAUCUCCUUCCCAAAUUUGGGAAAGAUCCUGGGAGCCUCCUCUCCCCCUUGGGGAGCAUCUUAAUGAAGCUCCUGCGGAAGAUGAUCCCAACAGAGCUCCCAUUCCACCUCACCCUCCUCAACGUCUGCUUCUCCAACCUCCAGGAGCUUCCCACCAGGAAGGGUUCCAUUGGCUUCUACCUCAAGGGCAAGGGCCCAGCACCUGCUUCUGGCCAAGGAGGGAGUGGGAAGGAAGCUGCAGAUUCCCAAGGGAAGGGGAGCGCCUCUUGCAGCGGAAUUCCCAACAGCAGGAAGCUUCUGGAGGGAGAGGAAAGCCCACGAAGACCUGGAACAAUUCCCUCUUUUCCACCCAUUGCCCAGGAAGUUCUUCCAGAAGCUCUUAAACAAGAACUCCCUUCCCAGCUGGAAUUCCAAGCUGGGAAUGUUCCCGCUCAGCCCUCACUGCCUUUUCCCAAAGAGAUCCCAAACCCUUCCCAAAAUCCAAUGGGAUUAAGCAGUGCUGUUCGCCCUGCAGGGUGUACUAACCCUGUAGGAGCAACGCAGGCCUUUGAGUAUCCCAGCAGGACAGGGGUCAGGAUGGAGAAAGAGCCUCCAGAAGCUGGGAUCAUCCUGACUGGGUCAUGUGCUUCUAGCUGGGAUAAGGAGGCCCCUGCAGCAGCAUCAAUGGAGCAAACCCAUUGUAAAGAUGUAGUAAUUCCUCCUGAUGUGGAUAAGGAGACUUUCUAUGAGCUCCCUGUGGAUGUGCAACGGGAAUUGUUGGCCCAAUGGAAGAGUGGAUCCCAAAGGACGGAUAAACCCUUGGGAAAGCUGAAGGCAAGGAAAAGGAGGAGGAUGGAAGUGCCCUGUGGCUCCAACAGCUUGUGGAGAUACCUUAAACCCCGAGAAGAAGGGUUCGGAAGGAGGGAAGCAGCUCUCGGAAGCGCUUUACACCUGGAAUGGGGUGGUAGUAAAGAGGAUGCUCCAACUCCAGCCAUUCCCUUCCCAAAGAGGCCAUAACCACGCACCUCAAGGCCAUGGAAUGCAAGGGAUUACAAGAGGUGGGAAAGCAUCCUCCAGAUGAAAAUUCCUAAAGGAAGAGUUACUCCAAGGUGCAUGAGGAAGAUUCCCACAUGGAUCAUGGCUGGAAAACCUGGAUCACCCCUGCAUCCCUGGUGUCCUCCCUCCUUACUCCCUGGAGCAGCUGCUAUUCCCAGCCCUAUUCCAUCCUUUACAGGGAGCAUUCCUACAGCUCUGCAUUGGAAGCCUUGGAAGCAUACAUUGAGGACUUCAACCUGAGCCAAGCAUCUCCCUAUGGAAGCAUGGGGAAGAUCUGCAUCCAUGGGAGCAUUCCUAAGGAAAUCAGACUUUCCAACCACUAUGCCAAGGAAAAACAAAGUAGCAAAUGUUCCUUUUUCCCCCUCUUCUUCCCUUUCCCUUUUUCCCUUUUCCCUUUCCCCUUUCCCUUUU